AUGAAACAGCCUGUUUGUGCGUCGCUUGCUUUUUAUGGUAUAUCCGCAGCGCUUCGUUGGUCCCCACUGCGCCAGAUGAUUCCGGACGUUGCUGCACUUUUGCAUUAUCGAACGCGUUCUUUGUUUGCCUGCCCCCAAGUGACAUUUUGCGGUAGCGUCUUACAGUUCCAGUCACGAGGAAUUUACUCCAAUGUGGGGUUCCUGGAUGACGACUUUGUGGAUAUCGACGCGCCCACUGAGCGGUGUAGCUCACAAGUGGAACCAAACGACAGAAGUCCCACUAGUACCACCACGACGCCAAAGAUUGGUGAGUCCGACGUCGAUAAGCCAGUUCUUGGGGUUGUACACAAACCACCCGAGGAGCCUGGCGCUGAGUACUCGCGAUUCUACAUUCCUUUGGAAACCCCUCGAGGGGGGAAGGCAAUUCCGCGAUACGACAGCCGUUCGCUGCGGAAGCCCGGCGAAAAGUCCCAUGAGGGCGAGGAAGAAAUGGGUGGGACACACGCCACGCCGCCGCAGAACGGUGGCGUAAAGGAUCCCAAAGAGUCUGAACCACGGGAUUUUAAAUCCCCACUCAUGCCAAAGGAUUUGCUCGAUUCUACGACACCAGACGGGGAUGACAUCACCGCUCAUCUGAUACACAGCCGUAUGCCAGAGCCUUCUUCCUUGCCGUAUGAUGACGAGGCCUUUGCGGAAAUGCUGCUUCAGAUGGAAGUGGACGGUGUGAUUGACGAAGUGUGGCAAGAUGCCCAAAAAGCCCACGUGGAAGAUGUCAAGGAGCUUUGUGAGGUGCUUCGGUCGCUCAAGGUGCGUGACAUUUGUUGCAUUGAUGUUUCAGACAAAACCGCGAGUUUUGACUACAUCGUGUCUGGGACCUGUGAAGGCCCUCGACAUAUUCACAUCGCCUCGUGGGCAGCUCAGGAAUCGGACUCAUUGCAUCGUAUAUCGAAAGUUAGUAGAAAAAAAACGGAUGAACUGUGGGAGGUGGUGCCCAUCGGGCGCAUUUUGCUCAACCUUAUGGUUGAAAGCUUACGCGAGGAACUGGCGCUAGAGCGCAAAUGGGUGGUUACCCGUACCAUGGACCCACUUUCGGCCGCAAACGCCCCUGUUUGUGAGGGCCGCCAUGCUAAGGCCCAUGGUCUGUGGACCUUGACGAUGAAUCUGCAGGACCUGGAGGAUUUCGAAGUGGACUACUGCAAGGAUGUGCUCUUGAGUCAAGCGUAG